AUGACAAUUUGUAGAAGGCCCUUUUUGUAUAAAGCGGAAGAGUAUCAAGUUCUCACGGUAGGAACGGGCAACCUACAAUGGAGAAUGCUUGAGUGUUCUGUAGACCACAUACCUCUUCGUAGGGAGAUUUGCAUCGAUGGGAUGCUAUAUUACUCAGCUAGAGAUACGGAGUAUAACAAUAUGUUAGUUUGCUUUAAUGUUAAGCAGGAGAAGUUCAACUUUAUCAAGAACAAUGAUUUUGGGUUUCCGACAACUUUGAUAAAUUACAAGGGUAAAUUAGGAGGAAUCCGUUGUAGCCCAACCACUUUCAUUGAUGGAACAGCUGAAAGCUUUGAGUUAUGGGUUAUAGAAGACACUGAAGAACAUAAAUUGUCAAAACUUGUUCACAUAUUGCCGCCUAGGUGGAAGGAGCUAGUUGCGGAGACUGAAGUUUGCAUUGUUGGGAUAAUUAAUGGAACCACUGAAGUUGUGUUUGCUCCGAACGUCUUGUCUGAUCCGUUCUACAUAUUUCACUUGGAUAUGGAGAGGAACUCUAUCAAAAAAGUUCAAAUUCAAGGGCUUGGCCCUGUUAGAGGUCAAAGCAUUUACACCUUCUUAAACCAUGUCGAGAAUGUGAAUCUUAUUAUGUAA